UGCAUUUCUUCUCAAAAGUAUUCAGAACAGGUUACAUAGUCAUAAAGUGGUGUCAUGAAACCUGGUCUCAAUGCAAUUUUAGGACCUACUGGCUCCGGCAAAUCGUCGCUACUGGAUAUUUUAGCUACAAGGAAAGAUCCUAAAGGACUGUCUGGAGAUAUUUUGAUAAAUGGCGUCAAUCUGCCUACACAUUUUAAAUGUAUUUCUGGAUAUGUAGUACAGGAUGAUAUAGUGAUGGGAACUUUGACAGUCAGAGAAAAUUUGAUGUUCUCAGCAGCUCUGCGACUACCUUUAACUAUGGACUACCAGGAAAAAAGAGAAAGAGUUGAACAAAUCAUCAUGGAACUGGACUUGUCUAAAGUUGCAGAUUCCAAGGUUGGUACGUAUUUUACUCGUGGAGUUUCUGGUGGGGAGAGGAAAAGGACCAGCAUUGGACUAGAGCUCAUUACACAUCCCGUAGUAUUAUUCUUAGACGAACCGACAACUGGAUUGGAUGCCAGCACAGCCAAUGCCGUCUUGAUCCUCUUAAAAAAGAUGUCACUCCAAGGGAAAACAAUCAUUUUUUCAAUCCAUCAGCCCCGGUACUCAAUUUUCAAAUUGUUUGACACCCUGACGCUACUUGCUAAUGGGAAGCUUCUGUAUCAUGGGCCAGCUGAAAACACUCUUGGAUACUUCCAAAAAUUGGGUUAUGUAUGUGAAUCAUAUAACAACCCUGCUGAUUUUUUUCUGGAUGUCAUUAAUGGAGAUUCCACUGCUGCUGUAAUUAGUCCAUCAUCCAUUAGCAGAUUAGAAACUGACGGAGGAUACAAGACCAUUGCGGACAAGUUAUCUGAAAAGUUUUCCAACUGUCCUUUCUACAAAGAAAUGAGAGAAGAUCUAGAUGAGCUGUCUUUGGAAAGUAAAAGGAAGAAAGAAACCUAUAAAACAAUUCCGUAUAGCACUCCCUUUUUUCAUCAGCUCAAGUGGGUGUCUAAACGCACAUUUAAAAAUUUGAUAGGCAAUCCACAAAAUUCCACAUAUCAGAUAGCUAUUACCACUUUUCUGGGAUUAAUUGUUGGAGCUGUUUUUGCUGGAGUUAAAAAUGAUGCCACUGGCAUUCAAAAUAGAGUUGGCGCUUUGUUCUUCUUGACAACCAAUCAGUGUUUGAAUAGUAUUACGACCGUUGAACUUUUUAUCACAGAGAAAAGGAUCUUUAUACAUGAAUACAUAAGUGGCUACUACAGAGUGUCUGCAUAUUUCUUCUCGAAGAUAUUAGCCGAUAUGAUGCCCAUGAGGACUUUGCCAGGCAUCAUCCUCACCUGCUUAAAUUAUUUCACGAUAGGUUUCAAGCCAACCGCGGAAGCCUUCUUUAUCAUGAUGAUAACUAUUAUAUUAGUCUCUUAUGCAGCCAGUUCGAUGUCUCUGGCAAUAGCAACAGGACAAAAUGUUACAUCCGUUGCAAACAUGCUCAUAAAUAUCUGCUUUGUUUUUAUGAUUGUUUUAUCCGGCUUGUUGGUAAAUAUCACAACCGUUUCGCCUUUGUUGCUGUGGCUGAAGUUCUUCAGUAUUCCUCGGUAUGGCCUGAAUGCUUUGCAAAUCAAUGAAUUUACUGGGCUCAAGUUUUGCAAGGAUCCCACAGCAGGGGUCAACGUAACAUGCAUCACACCUAGUCCAUUUACAAUAUGCACUGGAGAAGAAUAUCUGGAGAUUCAAGGCAUCAGCAUAACUCCUUGGGGGAUGUGGCAGAAUUACGUUGCACUUAUAUGCAUGACAAUCACUUUCCUCACAAUUGCAUAUCUGAAACUCAGAUUUCUAAAAAAGUUCACUUAA